AUGUCCCUGUUCAACGAUUUAAACACUUCUGACACAUCCUUACCUACGUAUUCUUAUAAUCAAACAAGGCUACAUAAAUUACUUGUAUUCGCCACAGUUGUAACAGUCUGCUUAGCUGACAGACUACCCAGUCACUUCGGCUAUGCCUCUCCACAACCUUCUUCAGCAUUCAGCCACAGGUCGCGACCUGCAUCUCGCCCUUCCUUUUCUGCUCCAAGACCUGCUCCCCAGCCAACCUACUCCGCACCGAGGUCUGCUCCCGGCCCAGUAGUGCCCAUCCUUGUGGACGACCGCGUCCACCCCGACGCCGGCGCUUACAGCUUCAACGUUGAGACCGGUGACGGCAUCUCACGCCAGGAAAGUGGAUCGCCUAUUCCCGCCAAGGAGGGUCCCGUCACAGCCAUGUCUGGAUCCUACUCAUUCACCCUCCCUGACGGACAACUGUUUGAGCUUCGCUUCGUAGCUGACGAGAACGGCUUCCAGCCUCAGUCGCCCUUCCUUCCCGUGGCGCCAGCCUUCCCUCAUCCCAUCCCCGCCCACGCCCUUAGGCAAAUCGAGCGCGCCCGUCAAGGACCUUCUCAGGGAUACAGCGCCCCUUCUCGCCCCUCUCGUCCUUCUAAUUCCUAUGGCUUUCCUCAGUAGAGCUUUUUAGGGGCCAAAAUGACACGAUAAUAUUUCAAGUUAUAUUAUAUAAAACGAUCUUAAUGCAUUGUACAGUAUUGUUGCACUUAACGAGUUGUUUCGAAUAA